AUGGAAGACAUGUCGGUUAUUUCGUCUAACACUGAAGACUAUCGAGUUGUGAGACUCGUCGCCCAAGGGACAUUCGGAGAAUUCUUUAUGUGCCAGAGGGAGAGUGAUUCACAAGAGGUAGCAGUGAAGAAAGUGACCACUCGCAAAUACCCAAAGGUUAAAGAAGAAAUCAAAAUUCUUACCGCCCUCUGGCAGAAGAAUGAGGAAGAUACAUGGAGUUACAUCCAGCGCUUUUACGAAGCUUUCGGUGACAAGCUGCACCGUUACCUGGUCUUUGAGACGUUGGAGAUGAGCCUGUAUGAGCUACAGGAAGCGAUGGAUUUCACACCGUUUGAGAUCUGUGAAAUAAGGACGAUCACGUACCAGAUGCUAAGAGCGCUGACCAAACUGAGACGAUUUGGCAUCAUCCACGCGGACCUGAAACCGGAGAACAUCAUGAUCGUUAAUCAGCGACAGCAUCCGUAUCGGGUCAAACUUGGCAAUUUUCGCUCUGCUUAUUUCACCAAGGAUGCUGCUACAUACAAACCUCGACGUGUCCAGACCAGAUACUACAGGUCUCCAGAGAUUCUUCUGGGCCUUCCAUUUUGUGCGAGGGUGGACAUCUGGUCUCUGGGCUGCGUGAUGGCUGAGCUGUGCCUCGGCUAUCCCCUCUACCCUGCCACGACUGACUCUGAGCUAAUGGAGUGGAUAGUUUUGAGCCGGGGUAUGCCCGGUGUUGAGCUCCUCCGCUCAGGCAUGAUGACCAGAAGCUUCUUCGAUCGGGUUCGGAAAGGCAAGAAGCCCCCCAAAUGGCAUCUGAAGACUGUCAAGGGGAGGCCAACCAAAAGCGAGAGCCACAGCCACCAGGAAGUCCUUUUCGACAAAAAGGAGUUCAUGGUGAGCCACUGGAACAGGCUGAAGAUCCCUGAGUAUGAUUUCCAGUGUGGCCCACCUGAGGCGGUGGCCGUUGACCACAGGAGCAUGGUGGACUUGAUCAGGAGGAUGCUGACUGUGGACCCACGCCGCAGAAUUGACUCUGUUUCGGCACUCCGGCAUCCCUUCAUCACCAUGGAGCACCUGCGGAACUCCGGUGCCUGCCAGCGCUACCGCUCCGUGUCCGUGCAGGCGCUCAGGCAGGCUGUAAUCCUCCCACAGUCCGGCCCGGAAAGGCAGGACAACGCUGCCGAACGUAGCGCCUCCUCUGGGAAGGGAACCUUUAAAAAGGCGACCGCUGAUUCAACGCAGCGCCUACCCAAGAGCAAGAAAGGUUCCCUGAAGAAGUCGUUCUUCACCUGCUUCUGCGUGAAACAGGGUGACGAGUCUGAAGAGCCCCCCUGCUUCAACACGGAGGCCAUGGAGGGCCCACAUUGCUCCACUCAAAACGUGGCCUCCGUGAGAGAGCCCCCUCUGCCCUCCCCGCUUAUCAACGAAGCCCAGGGGAAUGCUGAGGGAGAAGACAGCCAGAAGGUAGCCAGUGAGAUCGGCCUGGAGACCAGCUCAAGCAGCGGGGAAAGUGUUGCAGACAGCUGCUCCUCCAUGAAACCUGAGGUUUCUUCCAUACCGAGCGAUAUCAGCUUGCAGGAGAGCUCCCUUGAUCUCACCCACGAUGCUCCCCGGAGUAAGAAAGGCUCCCUGAUAAGGUCCAUGAAGUCAUUCUUUGGCAAAAUUGGGAAGAAGAAAAAACCAACACCCUCCUGCUCCCACUCGGACCCCAUGGAGGGGCCACAUGAUAUGCUGGGGCCACAAGAAACUAAUGGUGGAUUGAAGGACUCCAACAGCUCGACAAACACUGAAGUCCCUUCAGAGAACAACACCAGAGACACCAACAAGGCAGUCUUUCUGGAGGAAGAAGAAUCCAGCGCCUGCCUGCUCCCUCUCUGA